AUACAGAAAAAAAAAAAAUUAUUGGAAAAGACAAAGACAGUAGUGAUCAAAGAGAAUCAGUCUGUGCUGCUGAACCUGAAACAUUUGGGUGUUGAUGUGAAUAAGGUUCGCCAGCGUCAGCCUGGUGUGCUUCAUAAAGCUUCCACCAGUGAGAGAGACCAUGUGCAGUUUUUGCAGGACAAAGGUGCCAGCCACAAAAUGAUUGCCGGCAUCAUAUGCCGUUAUUCCUGCGCUAUCACAUGCUCAGUUGAACAUUUGCACAAGUGUUGGGCUAUUUGGAAAAACAUUUUUCAUUCAGAUGAAGCAAUUUUGAGUAUUCUGGACCACUCACCUGAGACUUUCUUUCGAACAAGCGAUAAUGACAACUUGAAGAGAAACAUAGCUUUUAUGAUCUCCCUGGGACUGGAGUCCAAACUUCUCCAUCGACUGUUUUCUGCAGCACCGCGGACACUCUCCAACACUUUGAUGCUGAAUGUGCAGAUGGUCAAGUGUCUAGAAAACGUGGAGCUCGGUGGAAACUAUCCAUUGGAGUUUGUCAAAACAGUUAUAUCCAGAAAUAACUACAUUUUCAUCCAAAGCACAAAUAGAAUUGUGACAAAUGUGGAUCACUUAAAAGCUUCUCUUGAGCUGAAUUCUUCAGAACUUCUGGAGUUUCUGGAAGGUCCCGGGGCAGUAAUUUUGCAGCUUUCCAACACAUACAUGAAAAAUAAUGUUAAAAGUCUUCAACAGAAGAUGAUUUCACUUGGCUGUCAGAACACUGAUGUCAAAAGACUGGUAGUUGCUCAGCCAUUUGUUCUGUAUGCUCGAUCGAUGACAACUCCAAACUGGAUUGUCUCAUUAAAUACUUAUAGAAAUAAAUAA